UGGACGGCCCUGAGUAGUUCAGGGGACUGUCCCUUCUGGCCCGGACCGAGGAGGGCAGGCCCGGGCCCCGGAGGGUCGCUCGCUUCCCCUCCUCGAGAACCAGCCUUCUCGCCUUUCUCUCUCUUUGCCUCCUCAGCCAGCCCUUGCCGUACUCCUUCCCCGGGACCCCCGCCUAACUUUUUCCUCUUCUUUUCCCAGCCGAGGGGGACCAGAUCCGUAGCUCUUUCCUCAUCUCCAUCCUCCCCCCGCCCCAUCCCUUCGCCUUUAUUGCGAAACCCCAUCUCGGGGCCCCGAUCCCCCUCCGAGUCCGGUCCCCCCACCUGGGCUGCGUCCCGCGUCUUCUGGCUUCCACCAGGCUCUCGUUCUCUCUUUCUCUCUCUCUCUCUCGCACACACACUCCUUGCCAUCAUGCCUUGGCCCUUCUCGGAGUCCAUCAAGAAGAGGGCCUGCAGGUACCUGCUGCAGAGGUACCUGGGCCACUUCCUGCAGGAGAAGCUCAGCUUAGAGCAGCUCACCCUAGAUCUCUACCAAGGCACUGGCUCUUUGGCUCAGGUGCCCCUGGAUAAAUGGAGUCUUAAUGAGAUUCUGGAGUCAGCAGAUGCUCCUCUGGAAGUCACUGAGGGAUUUAUUCAGUCAAUUUCUCUGUCUGUUCCCUGGGGCUCUUUGCUUCAAGAAAACUGUGCACUCGAAGUGAAGGGCUUAGAGAUGGUCUUCAGGCCAAGGCCCCGCCUAGCUUCUGGUUCAGAGCCCAUGUAUUGGUCAAGCUUUAUGACUAGUAGUAUGCAGCUUGCAAAAGAAUGCCUUAGCCAGAAAUUGACAGAUGAGCAAGGAGAAGGAUCCCAACCUUUUGAAGGACUUGAGAAGUUUGCUGAAACUAUUGAAACAGUUUUAAGACGAGUGAAAGUCACCUUUUUAGACACUGUUCUGAGAAUUGAACAUGUGCCCUAUAAUUCUAAAAGUGGAACAGCACUUGAGAUUCAUAUUGAGAAAACAAUGUACUGUGAUGAAACUGCUGAUGAAUGCUCUGGAAUUAAUGUGCAUCAGCCCACAGCUUUUGCUCACAAAUUACUCCAGCUCUCAGGUGUUUCUUUCUUCUGGGAUGAAUUUCCAGCAUCAGCAAAAUCUUCUCCAGUGUGUUCGGCUACACAGUUGGCAACUGAACCAAAGCUUUCACCUAGCUGGAACCCAAAAAUUGUCUAUGAGCCGCACCCACAGUUGACAAGAAACUUGCCAGAAGUGUCUCCCUCAGACCCUGUACAGAUAUGCAGGCUGAUUGGAAGAAUGGAGUUGAGCCUUAGGUUAAAGCAAAAUGAGGUGCUUCCUGGAGCCAAGUUGGAUGUAGAUGGGCAGAUAGAUUCCAUACAUCUAUUCCUGUCACCCAGGCAGGUACAUCUUCUGUUGGACAUGUUAGCAGCCAUUGCUGGACCAGAGAAUCCUAGUAGGAUGGAAUUAUCUAAUAAAGAUAAGAAAAAUCGACCAAUGCAGCAGGAAGAUGAGUAUCGGAUCCAGAUGGAGCUCAAGCGUUACUUAAGAAAGGAAACUUUGCCUACAGGAGCACAGUCUGAUCCAAGUUUUUAUGAGACAGAGGCAGCCAAAACACCUUCAAGUCGUGAGGAAGAGGUUUUCUUCUCAAUGGCUGACAUGGAGAUGUCUCACAGUCUUUCCUCUCUCCCACCUCUUGGAGACCCACCAACUAUGGAUUUAGACCUUUCCUUAACUAGUACAUACACUACUACACCUACAGGAUCUCCACUUGGUGCUGCAGUGCAGCAACCAGCAUGGGGUGAUUUUGAUCAAAACAAACAGGAAACGCCGCCAGUGAGAGGUUCAUCAUUUACACCCAGCAUAGUGCAUCCAGCUUCACUGCGAAGAACUCCCCUUCCUUCCAGAUCUGUCUCAAUGGAUGAAUCUAGGCCUGAACUACUUUUUAAACUUGUGGUGGGAGCUUUCUCUGUGUCAGUUCUUCAUAUUGAUCCUUUACCGCCUCCCGAAACAUCAGUGAAUGUUAAUCCGCUGACACGAAUGGCACAGGAUUUUUUUACCCGGAUAGAAAAAGUUGAUUCAAUUCAAUUUCCAACAGAAGAUUUUCUCUCCCUCCGAGAAGUAUUUGCAAAGGCUUGUUCACAUGACCACCUUAGAUUUAUAGGUACAGGCAUCAAAGUGUCCUAUGAACAAAGACAAAAGUCAUCCUCUCGUUGUUUGAGUACAGAUUUAUCUAUUGGGCAAAUGGAACUCCUAGAAUGCCUCUUCUCUAUGGAUUCUCAUUCUGAAAUACCUCACUAUACGGAGCUGUUGAUGUUUGAUUCUGAAAAACAAGGGAACAAGUUGCACCCUGCCUCGUGCCUUCAGCUCCAUUACAAGCACUCAGAUAACAGAGGACCUCAGGGUAGCCAAGGAAGACUUAGCUCUGUUCCUCAAAAAGCCGAUUUACAAGUCAAGUUGAGUCCAGCAUUCUGUGAAUUGGAUAUCAGCAUUGUGGACAGACUAAACUCCUUGCUUCAGCCGCAGAAGUUAACCACAGUGGAGAUGAUGGCAUCGCACAUGUACACCUCAUACAACAAACACAUUAGCCUACACAAGGCAUUCGCUGAAGUUUUUUUGGAUGAUUCACGUACUCCUGCAAAUCGCAAAGUAUCAGUGCAAGUAACUGCACCAUCUUUGAAGCUUUCAGUCCGUUUCCCCAUACCCGACCUGCGAUCAGAUCCUGAACGAGGACCCUGGUUUAAGAAAUCGCUUCAGAAGGAAAUUCUUCAAUUAGAUUUUGCAGAUAUGGAACUUAAAACAGAGUUUACAGGAGGACCAACUCCAGAGCAAAUUAAAUUAGAGCUCACUUUUAAAGAGCUAACUGGGUCAUUUGAAGAAGACAAAGAAGAAUCAGCAGUAAACAUUUUUCAAGUUUCCAGUGGCAUAGUUGGAGAGAUGACCUCAUCAGACAACUUUGACUGGCCACGGAUUGUACUAAAAAUAAACCCACUUGCUGUGCACUCCAUUCUGGAAAGGAUAGCUGCUGAGGAUGAAGAGGAAGUUGAUGGUCAUUUUCAAGAAGAGGAGGAAGGAGGAUCUCAUUCCCUGAAGGAUGUAUGUGAUCUUAGGCGACCGGAGCCAUCUCCCUUUUCCUCUCGUAGGGUCAUGUUUGAGAAUGAAGAGAUGGUGAUGCCAGGAGAUGCAGUGGAGAUGAAUGUAUUUCAGGAUAAAGCAAUCAGCAACUCUCAUUAUGUACUGGAGCUCAUGUUACCGAAUGUGUAUCUAACAUUACCAAAUAAGAGUUUUUAUGAGAAGCUUUACAAUAGAAUCAGUAAUGACUUAUUAUUGUGGGAACCCACUGCUCCAUCUCCUGUAGAAACAUUUGAAAAUAUUUCUUAUGGCGUUGGACUUUCAGUGGCCAGCCAGCUGAUCAACACUUUCAAUAAAGACAAUUUCAGUCAGUUCAAAUCCACUAUUCACUAUGAUGAUGACAGUGGGUCUGAGGAAGAAACAUUACAGUAUUAUUCUACGGUUGAUCCAAACUAUUGUUCACGGAGAAGGAAAAAAUUUGAACCCCAAAACAGGAACACUCAGAGUUUUCUCUCCGUGCUUUUGAAUGUUAACCAUGGAUUUGUUUCAAUAUUCACAGAUGUCAAGCAGGAUGAUGGGAAUAUACUAGAAGACAAACAUGGUGAAUUUUGGUUUGAGUUCAGCAGUGGUUCAUUAUUCUGUGUGAUGAAGUAUGAAGGUUUUGAAGACAAGCAUUACAUAUGUCUCCAUUCUGGUAGUCUCAGCUUAUAUCAUCAAGGUAUGGUGGAUGGGGUUGUGUCUCCAUCUGAAAUAAAGCUGCCAAGUGUGACACAUCCUCACUGGUUAGAACCCACCAUUUAUUUUUCUGAAGAAGAAGGUCUCAGUAGGACUUCUUCAGAUGGUGUGGGAGUGGACAGCUUAAAUAUGCUGUCUGUUGCAGUUAAGAUACAGUCAAAUAAAUCUGAGAGCAAUACAAAGGAAUUUUUAGUUGCUGUCGGGCUAAGAGGAGCCACUUUGCAGCAUAGAGUGCUUCCUUCAGGCUUAAGCUGGCAUGAACAAAUUUUAUAUUUUUUAAAUAUUUCUGAUGAGCCUGUCUUGGGAUAUAAUCCUCCAGCCUCUAUUACAACGUUUCACAUCCAUCUCUGGAGCUGUGCUUUAAAUUAUAGGCCUCUCUUUUUGCCGACCAGAUCACUUCUUACUGUUGAAACGUUCAGUAUUUCAAGUAGUGUGGCACUGGACAAGUCAUCUUCUACGCUUAGAAUAAUCUUGGAUGAGGCUGCCUUGCAUUUAUCUGACAAGUGUAACGUUGGUACGGUGAACCUCCAAAGAGAUUAUGUUCGAGUUAUGGACAUGGGACUCUUGGAACUGACCAUAAGGGCAGUAAAACCUGGGUCUGAUGGAGAAAGAAGUAAGCCCCGCUUUGAACUGCAUUGUUCCAGUGACGUGAUUCACAUCCGAACGUGCUCAGACUCUUGUGCUGCAUUAAUGAAUCUCAUCCAGUACAUUGCCAGUUACGGUGAUUUGAAUCCACCUGCUAAGACAGAGCCUACCUCUGGAGUGACCAAACAGAAUUCUAAGGCAGAUGUUUCUAGCCGUCCAUCUUCUCAAGGGCCAGUUCUUGCUGAAGCAGACCAACAGAUUUUACGGGAUUUAAUGAGUGAUGCUAUGGAAGAAAUUGAUACCCAACACCUUUCUUCAUCCACUGAACCACAAGCUAAUGGGAUUUUGGAUGAAAAGACUCAAACGCCGGCACCCUCUUGCUCGGACCUUUUCCUAUUUCCUGAUGAGAGUGGGAACCUCUCCCAAGAGCCAAGCCCCACUUAUGCUUCGUUCACUCAUCAUAUGAUUAAUGAAGCUAUGGGAGAUGUGCCUUCUGAAAAUGAUGACUUCUGCAUUCUUUUUGCACCCAAAGCUGUUGUCUCAGAUAAGGAAGAGGAGCCAAUUGUGAAAACAAUGGUCGAUGAUGCAAUCCUAAUAAAAGAAAAUCAUUUCAGCCUACCAGUCAAAAAGGCAGACACAAGCAAAGCUCCAUUACGCUUUCCUGUCCCGUUGGUGCGCUACGUUGUGAAAGAAAUCUCCCUCAUUUGGCACCUUUAUGGGGGAAAGGAUUUUGGGACUGUAGCACCUACAUCUCCAGCUAAAAGCUACAUUAGUCCACAGAGCUCUCCUUCUCACACACCAACAAGGCACGGACGUAAUGCAGCAUCUGGGGGAAGAGGAAGGAACCCAGAUUUCUUGAUGGAAAUACAGUUGAGCAAAGUGAAAUUCCAGCAUGAGGUAUAUCCUUCCAGUGAGCUGGAAUGUGAGGUCAACCUGUUGGAGCAGCCUGUCUCCCGCCAAGUGUUUAUAGUUCAAGAUCUUGAGAUCAGAGAUCGCUUGGCUACAUCACAGAUGAAUAAAUUUCUCUACCUCUACUGUAGUAAGGAGAUGCCUAGAAAAGCACGUUCUAACAUGCUGACAAUCAAAGCAUUACAUGUUCGUCCAGAGUCUGGCAGAUUGCCACAAGAAUGUUGCUUAAGAGUAUCUUUAAUGCCACUUCGCCUCAAUAUCGACCAGGAUGCCCUGUUUUUCUUCAAGGAUUUUUUCACUAGCCUUUCUACAGAAGUAGAAGUCCUAAUGACUCCAGAUCCUGAAGUUAAAAAGCCUCCUGGUGCUGAAGUAACAUGUACCUUGCCCAGGCACUACAGCGGUUUCAAGGAACCAAGCCCAGUCAUUUCUUUCUCUUUACACAAACAAUCAAGCCAGAAUGGAAGUGUCGAUUCUGUGGAUGCACUCAAUGGGGAUGACCAUAAUUUUCCACAUGAAGAAGCAUCAUUCAGUGAUCAACCCAUCUUUUUCAGAGAAUUUCGAUUCAUAUCGGAAGUUCCAAUACGUCUUGAUUACCAUGGCAAACAUGUCUCCAUGGAUCAGGGUACAUUAGCCGGGAUCCUGAUUGGUCUUGCCCAGUUAAACUGCUCAGAAUUGAAACUGAAAAGACUUUGCUAUCGACAUGGGUUGCUAGGUAUGGAUAAACUCUUCUCUUAUGCCAUCUCUGAGUGGCUUAAUGACAUCAAGAAAAACCAACUGCCAGGUAUUUUGGGAGGAGUUGGGCCAAUGCAUUCAUUGGUUCAAUUAGUGCAGGGUCUUAAGGACUUGGUGUGGUUACCAAUAGAACAGUACCGAAAAGAUGGCCGUAUUGUGAGAGGCUUUCAAAGGGGAGCAGCUUCUUUUGGCACUUCCACUGCAAUGGCAGCAUUAGAGCUGACAAACAGAAUGGUGCAGACCAUACAGGCAGCUGCAGAAACAGCUUAUGACAUGGUUUCCCCCGGGCCUAGUUUAAUUGAUUCUAAGAAGAUCAAGCGACUUUCUCGCUACCGCCUAGCUCAUCAGCCUGUAGACCUACGUGAAGGUGUAGCCAAAGCAUACAGUGUUGUAAAAGAGGGGAUUACAGAUACAGCGCAUACCAUCUAUGAAACUGCUGCUCGUGAACAUGAGAACAGAGGAGUAACUGGAGCAGUAGGAGGAGUCCUCCGCCAGAUUCCACCAACGGUAGUGAAACCUCUCAUAAUGGCAACAGAGGCGACGUCAAAUGUUUUGGGUGGCAUGAGAAACCAAAUCAGACCUGAUGUGCGUCAGGAAGAGUCUCAGAAGUGGCGUCGUGGAGAGGACUGAGAACUUACAUGUGCUUGAUGCCCAGACAUUGGGAAGCUGGAAACGCAUAACGAUGAUCGUCAUCGCAGCUUUAGAUGGAACAUAUCCUUUUAAUACGCUCAUCUCAGGAACAUAAGGGAUUGUUAAGCAGUUUGAUGACAAGACCUGAAAUAUUCAAGUAGAAUGCAAGUUUAGUACUUGAGUUGUUGGCGUAGUGCAUGCUACCAAUACAUCUGGUCAGUGCCAAAUGGAAUGGCACCUUUCUGUUGCCAAAUCUAAGACGACAUGCUGGCUUUAGACUGGGUACCAUAUUUUUCAUGGUAUCUUGAUUUUACUUGCAAGUCUACAUGUAUAUUUAAAUGGAUUCCCUGAGUAAGGUCUAAGAAAUUUUUUUAGCAAAGUGCUACACCAGCACCUUCUGUAACAGGGUAAAUAUCUGACAUGAGACACGGACGCUACAGAAUAUUAAAAGCAAAUGGGAAUUCUAAUUCUUUUGCUUGUUUUGAGCACUUGCCCCUUGUGUGACACUUAACAACAAGGACAAUCUGUCUUGGUAUCUAGUCAGAAAAUUGUGUUCAUACAUUUGUGGACAUAAAUUGUUUUGCCUACAUGUUGAAUUCCUCCUUUUAUGAGGUGUUGAGCAAUCUGAAUGUUGCAGACAUGUUCUGUUGUGUUGCACUUUAGCUUGUACAUUGCUUUUUUAAAAAAAUAGUUAAUAAAAUGUCAUGUGCGUUUUAUCCUUACGUGGUUUGAAAAAUUAUGCAAAUUAUUUAAAGGGACAAAACACUACAAGACUGUAAGUGACAACAAAAUUGGAGUGCAGUCCUAAAAUUGGAGUGCACUCCUUCAAAUUUGCUAGAUAUGAAGAGUGUCUAGUGAGUGACUGGUUCUCAACCUAUUUCUCCCCACCCCCCCCUCUGAAAAUUGUUUGAAGCAACAUUGGUUUCUUGGAAAGUGGAUAUUGGAAGUGGUAUAUAGUACAUUAAUGUGAUUUCAUGAUUCAGUUUAAAUGCUAUGCAAGUUCCAUCUCAGUCCUUUUCUUUCAAGGUUCAGUGCAAGAGAAUUAACUUUUUAAUUCUUCAGGAGAUCUUUAAAUUCAUUUUUAAAGUUGCUGUUUUUGAUUUUAAACUUCUUGAAUCCCAACGUGUGCACUUUUUGAUUAGAAAUCAGAACAUAAACAUAGCUGAGAAAUAAUAUUUAAGAGACCAAGUGGGAGCUAUUGUAGAUUCUUCCUAUAGAGCCAUGUCAUACAGUGGAAACUGCAGUGGAUCUUCAUCAGCAGUUUCUUUAGUACCUCAAAUUCAGCUUUUGAAUAUGGGUCUUGAAAGUAAAUCUGCUUUUAGAACUUAGUUAAGAAGCUAUAUAUAAACCUCCUAAGUAAAUCAAAGACACUCUAGACCGAGGCAGCCAAAUUGUAUCUGUGUGUAGAGCAUAUGUUUUGCAUGGCUGAUGGAGACAGGUGCAAAGUAGGGCAAUGAACAAGAACCAACUUGGUCCAGGCAUCUUGGUGUCUAAAGAAAUAGAGCAAAAUGGUGACACAAUCAAAUGUGGGUUUCUAAUACAUAAGAGAAGUUGCUCUGGAUCAAAUCAGUGGUCCACCUAGCUAUUAUUUAGUCUCUGUCAGCAACUACAUCUAGUUUCUUCUGGGCAUUUUUACUGCACAAAAUUAUUCCCUUUUAUUGUUUCUUGUACAUAAGGGUAGGCGAUACAAGAGCUAGAUCCAUGCCAGCAAAGCUUUCCCAUGGCCCUCUUUGCGCUCUGUGGCUGUCCUUUAGCAAUUUGUCUAUGGAUUGGUUAUUUUCAGGGGGGUGGGGGGGGACAUGACCUAAAGACCUUCAUAUUUUAUGUGAUUGUAUCCCAAAGCACAUUUCUGCUGCCAUGAUGAGUGUGUUCGACAUCACAACAGUAAGUCAAAAGCAACUUUUUAAAGGGUUACUGUACUGAUGCAUGGGCAUAAACAUUGUUAUACUUGUACUUGGCGCACUUCUGGUGGUAUUUAGAUUAAAUAAUCAUGAUUGUAGUAGUAACUGAGACUGACAAAUGUUCAGCUGUCUAAAACUUGAUGCAACAACUGAGCGAGGAGUCCCACAAUAUGUACCAACAGAUCUUUAUAUCCCGCUUUUCAACAAAAGUGCUUAAAGUGAUUUAUAUAGGAAAAUAAUAAAUAAGAUGGUUCCAAAAGGGCUCACAGUUUACAAGGAAAUGUACAUUAGACACCAGAAACAACCACUGGAGGGAUGCUGUGCUGAAUUUAGAUAGAGAUAGUUGCUCUCCCCCUGCUAACUGCAAGAGAAUCACCACUUUUAAAAGGUGCCUCUUUGCUCACUUAGCAGGGAUGUAAGAAGUGGGGUAAUAUGUAAGAAAAUACAGACUGGAUGAAAUGAGUCACCCUCCCCCACUUUUUUUUAGAGUGCUUCCAUUAACUGGCAAGUAUUUCAUGAGGAACUAAAUGAAGAUACUCAUCAGUGAUUAUUUUUGCAAUUGCUGCAAUAAAUAACUUGAAGCUUGUUUUUUCUCUCUGUCUUUCCCACCACACAAAGUAGAUGGUAUGCACUUGCUGGGUACCGGAACACAUCGUCUAUUUAUUAAUUCUAUCUGUCAAUUUCACUGUAGGGGCUUGAUUUGCUGUUUUUCUCAAUGCAGCUGUUAAUGCACUGGCACUUGAUGUUGGCUGCUUGGUUCUUGUGCACUAAGGCACCCAUUUGUCCAGCCAGCAAAAAGAGCUUCCCAGUGUUGAGGGGGAAAGAUGAAGACAAUGCUUAAAAAGUGGUUUUGGCUCUUAAUAAGAGUGAGGCUGGAUUUCAUGACAAACAGAAUCAAAUGCACAAGCCUCAGGAUUAAAGGCUCAUGUCCAUCCACUUGAUCCAGGAAGCUCUCCUCCAGGGCUUCUUUUCUAUUUCUGCCCCUUGACAGCUGGGCAAAAGGCCCGUGCAGAUCUCUAAUGCCUGUAAGGAUAGAAGGAAAACUGCGGACAAAUGGAUGUGGCCAGUCAAUAAUAGUAAGAAUUGGGCAUGCGGUCAGGUGUUGUUAGUUAUUCGCAGUUAGCUGCCAGUGCUUGACCACUGAUGGAGAAGAUCACCCCACUCCAGUGACAUGAGUAUAUAUGUAGAAACAGACUUCUGCACAAGACAGCUGUUGUAACCUUGGCAGAGGAAAAAUGAUUUCAUUCAGGCUAGGGUUGUGCACCCAAAAAAUACUUGCCUCAGAAACUGUUUCAGAAGCAGAGUGUCUAUUUGCUUUGGCUGCAUAGAGCUGGUUUUGUGGUAGCAAGCAUGAAAUGUCCCCUUUGCUAAGCAGGGUCUUCCCUGGUUUGCAUUUGGAUGGGAAACUAUAUGUGUGAGCACUGUAAGAUAUUCCCCUUACGGGAUGGAGCUGCUCUGGGAAGAGCACUUGAAUCCUUGCAUGCAAAAGGUUCCAAGUUACCUCCCUGACAUCUCCAGGUAGGGCUGAGAGAGAUUUCUGCCUGUAAGCUUGGGAAAGCUGCUACCAGUCUGUGUAGAUAUUACUGAGCUAUAUGGACCAAUGGUCUGACUCAGUAGAAGGCAGCUUCCCAUCUUCUUACGUUGCAGGCAGGAUUCUCUCUCAGCCCUACCUGGAGAUGCCAGGGAGGGAACUUGAAACGCUAACCCUAUCUGAAGAUGCCAGGGAGGGAAUUUGGAACCUUCUGCAUGCUCUUCCCAGAGCAGCCCCAUCCCCUAAGGGGAAUAGCUUACAGUGUUCACACAUGUAGAUGCCCUUUCAAAUGCAAACCAGGGCAGACCCUGCUUAGGAAAGGGGACAUUUAAAAACAAAAUAAUCUUCCAAAUAGCUGAAUUGCAUCUGAAUCAAAGUAGCUCAAUUUUGCUUCAGUUUGGAUGCAAAUUAGCAGCUGUCAAUUUGGACCAGCUACUGUUCAGAUCUAAAUGACUUCUAAACCUAUGCCUUUAGAUUCCAACGCAUUGAGCAACUUGUUCAGAGUAAGUGUGAUAUUUCAACUCCUUGAGUCAGACAAGAUGCUUUUAUGCUUUGGACAUAAUUGACACAACGUUGUUCUCCAUCAACAGGAGGAGACUUAAGCAACAUGAAAUUCCCUGGAAGUGUAAAAAGCCAAUUAUUAUUAUUGCUUUACAAUUCAUAACUUAACAGCAGGCAAUAUAUUACAUGAACAUGUAAUACAAUAUGUACAAUCCAAUCUUCUUGCUCAGUCUGAUCUACGAUCAUAAUAAAGUUUAUCUAUCAGUCUCCUUGCAUAGAUUGUCAGUGCUGGUUUCACAAGGUCAGAAGUAAUGCUAAAUCAGUUCAUAGAGAUAAGCUCAAACAAUUGUCCUGAUUUUUCUUUCCGCAAGCAUAUAGUUUACAUAUAGUUUCCCGUGGAAAUACCUGCCUAGUAAGCUCUUGUAAGAAGCAAUUGCCCAAAACACAUCUCUGAAUACUUGGAAGGCAACACAAUAAUAUUCUGAUAAUUAAGAGGUUCCUUUUCCAAUCUAGAUGUUAGUUGGUGGUAGUUGACCUUAGAGCAGGGAAACCCCCACCCAUCCUAGUAUUUAUAGCAAAAGGGUAUUAUCAAAAGUUAGGUCAGUACUAUGGAGCCUGAUCCAAAGCUUCAUGUAUGUAGAGGCUUCUUACACUUUUGUAUGAAAGCACGUCUCAUAGAAUAAAGCAGGGAAGGCUCUGCAAGCACAGAGCUUCAUGAGCACUUCAGAACACUGGAAGACAGCCAUGGAGCAGCUCUGUAUAGACUUUUAUAUUUUGUUCCUCACUUUAAAAUAUGUUCAAACUGUAUUGUUAAUACUCUGAAUUUACCAUUGUUUAGUGAAUGUUUAAACCACAUGAAUAAUUCUCAGAAAACUCCAUUUGUUGUCUAGUAGCAGGUGCAGCAAUCCAUUUGAAGUGGAAUCAGUCUAGAUAACCUGCAAAUGUGAUACAUUGAAUUCCGCCCUUAGUACUUGACUUGUAAAAUAAUCACAAAAUACAAGUUAAUUUGGCUGAAAUGUAUGUUGCAUACAAACAUCCCAGGUCUCCUAGCAAUAGAAUUUGUUCCCCCAGCAGUAAAGACAUGCAGGUAUGUGCUCUCUUAGAUAUUAUAAUCUUGCCUACCCUGUCACCAGCCUUCUACAGCUCAUGUUUCAUACAGCAGGUUUAACUUGCUACAAAUGCUGAAUCAUGUUUACAUUUUGAAAAUAAAGUUGGCUUAUUAAUGCUAAUCAUGCACUUAUACUGGACUUCUAUGAAAAACCACACAAGCUAAAUAUGGUUUAGGACAAAGGAACUGUUUGUGUACAUGUAUAUUUUUAAAUAUUUGUCAAAAUUAGCUACUUGUGGUAUAUUGCUCUGUAUAUAGUUCACUAGUGUAAAAACAACAAAAACCCUGUAUAAUCCUAUGAAAACUAGAAGGCACUCUCUGAGAGAAUUGCUGUAUUCAGUUUUUCCUUAUUUUGCUUAAAUCACUGUAUCCUCCAUAUGUGUUGAACCUAGUUUAUUUGCACCAAUCUUGAUGUGUACUGAAUGGCCAAGACCUUAUACAAAUAAGGUGUUCUGUUCAAUACCAUUGAUUUGUUUAUCUUGUUGGCUGAUGAUGUUACCAAAAUAAACAUCCUAAGCUGCCUUGUG